UGGCAUUAGAUCAGUGGAUGGCCACCUUGGUACAUCACCUGGAGAGGGCGGAUAAGAGUGAGAAGCAAGGUAGCAGUGGAAUAAAAAAGCUUAAGCAACAGCUUUUAACUGAACAGCUGUGGGAACAAAGGGAGAGAAACAAUGAAAAGAAGAAGGAAAUUAAGGCAGGGAAAACUCAGAUGGUUAGUGAUUCCAAACCCAUGCUUCACUUAGGGCAGCAAGAUGGGUCCACUCCUACAGAUAUCUCAUAUCAGAUGUAUCAGAGGGCUCCGCGGGGACAAAUGCCUGGUACACAGCGGUACAGAAAUAGCAGAAGGAAACCAAUUAGAAGCCCCCAACAUUGGCAAGACAAUGAUGUGCGCUUGUGCUGGGCGUGUGGCCGGCCAGGACAUUUUGAAAAACGGUGCCCUGACUGUUGUAGGGGUCCACAACAGUCGCAGCAACCAAUGUACCCAUCCCAACAAAUGCGAGCACCUCAGAAUCCACCCCCACAGCUGUGAUAUGGACACCAGGCACCCAAUUACGACCAGAUGCCACAGUACCGUUUCAGAAGUGGUCUUAGAGGAAUUUCCUGCCCCGAUUUUUGACAUUCUUAUUCAAGGUGAAAGUUACCCUUUUAUGCUUGGCACUGGGGCGCGUUACAGCACUGUAAAUUUUGAUCUCAUAACCUCUGACAGAUUCCCUGAAGUUAUGGGAUUUUCCGGUAACAGCCAGAAAUUUUAUUUUUCAAAACCAGUUGAAUGUGUGCUUCCUUUUGAUGACUCCGACAUGGUGUUUCUGCAUGAGUUUCUUAUUAAAAAGCAGUGUCCUAUAAACUUGUUAGCGCAUGGUUUGAUAGCAGUACUAAGGGCAGCGGUGGUUUGCUCCUUCUCCUACACUGACGUGGUUUUCCCAAAUGGCAGGAUUGUUAGAACUCAGAACUCUAACGCAAAUCAAAUGAACCAGGCUCCAUGUCUUGAAGAACAAAAUGCGUGUGUGUGGCAGGGAAAUUUGUUGCAUUCUUCUGACAAUUCUCUGUUGGAAGUUGCAAAGCGCUGGGAUGGUUGGAUAACUUCUCUCUGCCCCUACUCUCCCCCAGCAGAUCCCCUUCAUAUUACGCUGAACUAUCUGAGAUCCCCGGAACAGGUGUUUGACAUUGAUGGAUAUCAGGAUGCAUGGGAAAUGAUGAUGACAUUUCUGCGGGAAAAGUACAACUCUGAUGAACCUUUGCUGUGGGUGACCACGGCUGAUGUUGUGAACCAGCCGCAGUACCCACUCUCACCUGAGAAGGUUGACGCUAUCAGAGGUACUAUCUCCGGUUUGUUGUCGUCUGGUGUCUUGGUUCCCGUGACUCUCCCUAAAACACCCUGAUCACACCUGUUGCAAAACAUGGUAAACAAACCUAUCGCUUGGUGCAUGACCUGAGAAAGAUAAACUCUGAGCUAAAAUCAACUCAUUAUGACACGCCCAACCCCUACACAAUGCUU